UCGCUGUGGAGAAAAAAAAAAAAAACCCAGCGAUCACUGCAGCAAGAAGUGUGUGUCUGUGCGUGUGUGUGUUUACGUGUGUGUGUCACGGUGAAGAGACAGGAGCGCGCGGGGAUUAACACUUCUAUAGAGCCGGCUGCGGACAGAAAUGGCAAGCAUUCGGAAGAAGCUGGUGAUUGUCGGAGAUGGAGCCUGCGGGAAAACAUGUCUUCUCAUUGUUUUCAGUAAAGACCAGUUUCCUGAAGUCUACGUCCCCACAGUGUUUGAGAACUACAUCGCUGAUAUCGAGGUCGAUGGAAAACAGGUGGAGUUGGCUCUGUGGGACACAGCGGGCCAGGAGGACUACGACAGGCUGAGGCCUCUCUCCUACCCCGACACCGACGUCAUUCUCAUGUGCUUCUCCAUCGACAGCCCCGACAGUUUAGAAAACAUCCCUGAGAAGUGGACGCCCGAGGUGAAACACUUCUGUCCCAAUGUUCCCAUCAUUCUGGUGGGAAACAAGAAGGACCUGAGGAACGAUGAGCACACGCGACGAGAGCUGGCCAAGAUGAAGCAGGACCCUGUGAGGGCAGAAGAGGGCAGAUCCAUGGCGGAGAAGGUCAGCGCGUACUCCUACCUGGAGUGCUCCGCCAAGACGAAGGAGGGCGUGAGGGAAGUGUUCGAGAUGGCCACCAGAGCGGCUCUGCAGACAAAGAAGAAGAAGAAGGGCAGCUGCACGCUGCUGUGAUCAGUCCAGACGCUGCAAAAUCAUUUAACCAACAGGAGGGGGAAAAGAAAAAAAAAAAAAAUCCAACGUGAAAAGAACUGACCUGUUACCAAAUGGAUCUUUGUACUGUAUCGCACACUCAUGACAACAAGCAGGAAGUGAACACAAGCAAACAUACAGGAGACAGGCUUUGUCUAUAUUACAGUUGUAUUUAGAAAUGAUUGUGUAAAGUGUCUUAUCGGUUUGCUUUUCUUUCCCCAGAUCUCCAUGUUUUUCACCUUGUUUUUGUUCUUCAUAUCUGUGGUGUAUGAUGUUGUAGGCGCACAUACCUGUAUGCAGUAUUGUCCUUCAUGAGCUCAGGUGAGCGGCGUCCUUCUUAGCUUUGUGUAAAAUUUUAAUGUCCAAAAGAAAUCCAGUUCUUUUUCUCGCUGUAGCAGGUGUGACUCUGAGAGCUAGUGCCUUUUUUUUUAAGUUUCUUCGCCACCAUCGACGUCAGAUGUUUGUCAGGCAGUUCCCAUUUUCAGCCGGGCGCGUCUUAAGUGAGCUACAGCUUGUUUUCACACAGCGUUGUCAUUCAGUGCUGAAUUUUUGAGCACAACAAACUGUCACUUGUUUUUUUUCUUUUUUCAGCCUUAAUAACAGACUACUGUUAUUCUGGCGAACUGUCAGCUACAGAGAGAGAUGCAAUUCCUUUUUUUAACUAACGCUAACCUGUGCAGUGAACCUAGAGAGGGGGGAGGGUGAAGUGGCCAAAAAAAAACACACAAGCCAACAUGACUCAACUGUGCAUAGCAGCCGUUGGGAUCGACAGGGAGAUGCCACAGGCCUGCCGAAGCCGCCCUCGCUUGUUCGUGGCGAGUGACCGAGUUCAUCUCCUCACACCAGGAGGGAGCCGGUCACACCCGCCACCGGAGUCUGUUGUGUCAGGCUGGUUUACCCAGUCACAGACUUCAUUUGACCUCCAGUCAGACGACAUUCUUUACGUGUUUGAGAGAAGCGGGGAUGUGUGUGACGAGUUUGUUCUUCGCCCCGUGCCUUCUGUUUUGGUGUGUGCCUUUGGUUUCACUCUCUCAGACCAGACCAGACCGACUGGCUCCUGGAUGCCAGCCUGGUUCUGACGGACAAGGCCGGAAGUGAUACCGCUGACAGGUUUUGCAGACUUGCCUCUUUCAAUUUGUAAUAUAAAAAAAAAAAAAAAAGGAGUGUUAUCAUUUGCUAUAAAAUAUAUAUGCUCUCCGAUUUCUGGCAGAUGAGUAAGCUCAUGCCGGUUUUCAUCCAGAAAGACAAAAAUCAGAGGAAACUUAUAAAACUCUUCUCUAACUUUAAAAAACUUUGAAGCCAUAAAAUAAAACGCUUCACUGCUUUUGGACCCCCCCUACCAAAAAAAAAAAAAAAAAAAUCUAAAUCUUCACUUUGCUGGAAAGAAACAUGAAUUUCAUG